UACGUUAGUACGCUUCAUUUGUCCAUAUAUUGAUCCUUUUGACCACAGGGAUCGUACACAAUGGAUAAUUAUCUUCCCUUAUUAGGAGUUAAAAUAUAGAACAAAAUGUACAAAGAGAAGAAAUAACCUUUUGAUGAAAGAAAUGACUAAAUUUCCCCUACGUAACUUUUCCUUUUAUGUUAACAGCACUGUUCGUUUGAACGCAAAACAUAUAAAAGGACUUUAUUUCAGUUAAGAUUAUUUAGGAGAUCGUGUUUAAUUGAAAAUGGAUUCUUAUCAAAAUAUGGAAAGAGGUACAAAGCCACAUGAAAUAUUUGUGGAGAAUACACAGUUAAGGGAGCAAAAUAAGGAGUUACAGCGGCAGCAGCAGAGACUUGUGAGACGCCAGUCCGCUGUUCAAAGAAAAACAGGAAACAAAUGUCUAAACUGUGUUCUGAAGCCAAUGGUGAAAUCCUUGAUACUUUGCUUUAUAAUUGUUGCUGCCAUCAUUAGCUACUCGGUGCUACAAGUAAAACAAAACAGCACUCUGAAAUCUUUGAUAUCUACAUCCUCUGGAAAACAGACAGACAGUAAAAGUCCGGAAUAUGCAAUGAAUUUAGAAAUAGGACAACAGAUAUCUUACCUGGACUGUACUGGUUCGCAAUUGAAGCAGUCUUUUCCAGACUUGGAUUAUGCUAUUUUGGGCUACAAUAUCUUAAAAGGAUAUCCACUCGCCGUUGGUCAUGAUCCUGGCUUCACGUAUCCAAUAUUUAAAGCAGAUUAUGCAGGGGGACUUCAAACAGCUGACUGUCGUUAUUCUGUACCCAAAGGUCUUGUAGUCGUUUCAGACGUAUCUUGUAUCACUUCCUUUUCCUCUACGACGAUACAAACGAAAUAUGAAUUUUCUAGAGCAUUAUCAGUUUAUACCAAAGUAAGUGGAGGCACUUGGGGUACUCAGUUUUCUGCUAGCGUAGGUUAUAAAAGUUCGUCUUCCGACAUCUCCUCUGGUGAAUCUGUUUACAUAUUAUCUACUGCCAAGUGUAACUAUUACUUUAGUAAAUUGGUGACUGAAGAUGCUCCACAAUUUGAUGACGUUUUCAUCAAAUGGGUCCACAAAUUGAAUGCAGCCAGUUCUGAUCCAGAACUGUACUUCAAAUUCUUUGAAAUAUUCGGGACCCACUUUGCGACGGAAGUAACGUUUGGAGCUAGAUACACUUACGAAUAUAAGAUGUCAUCAAACUACUAUGAAACAGAGAGGGAAAAGGGGGUCGACGUAAAAACGGUUGCUAGUACAUCCGGAUUCUUCGGUCUUUGGAAUCUGGAAGGAGAAUUUCAAGUUUCCUUGUCGCAAAGACAAAAAGCUUCAGAGUUCCGUCAGUCUGUAGAAACCAAAACAACAACUGUAGGUGCACCACCACCAGAGGAUGGAGGUGCUAUGGCCUGGGCGUCAGAGGUUAAAACGAACCCCGUACCUUCUGCAUAUAAACUUGUAUCUAUUGAAAAUCUUUUUACAGAUAAGUACAUGAAAUCAUUGAAUGUAGAUUUUAGUCGAAUAUACAAAAAUAUAGUCAGUCAGAAGAUGAAAUACUGUCUGUUCCUUCAGAAUAAAGGUGAAUUAGAGUCUUGUGAAGAGCUCGUAGCUGGCAUUGAAUUGAAAAAUACUAGAAUAAUUGGGCACUACCGUGAAAAGGCCGUGUCAUCAGUUUCCGACUGUAUUGAAAUUUGUCUGGAAGAAAUUCACUGUGAAGCAGUUUCUUUUUGUACCACUUGCACAAGUAGUGAUAUUGACUACAACACGUGUCAUUUAAUUCAAAGCAAUGGCCACUCCUUGACGACCAGUAAAACAGAAGAAACUGACUAUGUAUGGCAAAGUAACGUCUUUCCAGGAAAGAUAAGAUCACAAUUAAAACUUGAAAAUGUAGGCAUCAUUGGCGUUCUUCGAGGAUUUGAAACUGAAGAAGAUAAGAAGGCUGACCUUCAAAAAUGCCGACAAUUGUGUUUUCAGGACGCGUAUUGUACAGCCUACAGCUACUGUAACUGUACUGAUACAGUCUCGAAAUGCAAAAUGUACAGUAAGGAACUAACUACUGGACUUCAGACAGAAGCUAAUAUAGACACGUUCUUCAUUUCGGCGAGCCUUGACAGUAUAACUUCAGAAACAACAGCAACUACCGCCAAAACAAAUUAACAUUAUCAAGACAGCCUCAUAUCAAGAACUACUGAAACAGUCGAUUAUUUUUUGUUUGGUUUAAGGCCACAUCUACAAAAUUAUAGGUCAUAUGGCGACUUUUGAACCAGUCAAAAGGUGUUUUCAUUAACAUUAUGAUUUAAACUUCUACGACACUAGCCGAUACAAUCUCCAACAAAGUGCAUUGUCCUAUCAGCAACAGCCGAAACAAGAUUACAUGAUCAGCAUGACGCCAUCAGUUACAACCCCAACCAGAUAAAGCCAACCUCUACUAUAGCAACCAACAGCCACAAAAAAAGGGUUGCAUGCCCAAUCAUUUACAUCUUUAAUCAAACAAAUCAAGCUCGCGUGGACAGCAUAGACGAACCAAGAACAUAAACUAAACGUAAAAUGAUUGCUCGAGAUAUCUUAUGCUAAUUUUAAAAUAACUGUUAAUCAAAUUUCGUGUAAGGCGCGUCAAGUUACUCGUAUGUACUGAAUUAUGUCAAUUCACCAUUCUACUGUUUAUUUGCAAUGUAUAUAUAAUUAUGAUGCGUGACGGGGGAGUUUAUGAAUGUGUACAUGAUAACUAACAAUAACUAAGUGAGUGACGUAUGAAAUAUCAAUGUUUUACUUACUGUUAAAAAACAUUUUUGACGCUGAUUGAGGACUUCAAACUCAUAACAUUAGUAUGUUGAACAUUGAACAUAUUUGUUUCAUGAAAUGCGUUAAAAUGAAGGCAAUUGUCCUCUUUAAAACAAUAAAUAUAAAAUAGCAUCAGCAGUACAUGUAUUUAAAGAUAUGAAAUCAUUUUAUGACACAAUGGACAACGCAUGUUCGUAAUAUACUUUUGUUUUGCUAAAACGGCGCUCGUUUUAGGCCUAAAACAUACUGUUUGUUUCCGGUAACAUGCAAAAGUAGGGUAAGUAGGUAGGAUUUUUUAAAAAAAUUUUACACUGCAGAAAGAGCAACGCAACGCGAAAAGUAUUUCGUUUGGUGGAAGGUAAAACAAACACUCCGGUUAGGUUUCGUUUGGUGGAAGGUAAAACAAGUACACUGGUUAGGUUUCGUUUGGUGGAAGAUAAAACAAGCACACUGGUUAGGUUUCGUUUGGCGGAAGGUCAAACAAGCACACUGGUUAGGUUUCGUUUGGCGGAAGGUCAAACAAGCACUCCGGUUAGGUUUCGCUUGGUGGAAGGUAAAACAAGCACACAGGUUAGGUUUCGUUUGGCGGAAGGUGCGUUUUUGAACGUUUCUAAACAUACUGGAUGUUUGUCCUUGUUGGGUAGUAUAUAUUUAUAUUGUGUCUUCUAUUUCUUGGUAUACUCAUAUUUAUCCAGUCGAAUAUUAUACACUUAUUGAAGUUUUUUUAUAUUAUGUUUUUUUUAUAUGUUUGUUGCCGUGUAGGUGAAAUACAGUCGUUAUAUACUUUUGAUAUUACGCUAGUAUGAUUAUUAUGCAGGUGGUAUUUAUAUCUAUAGAAAACGAACUAACAUAUUACUAGAUUAGUAAAAAGAACUGUUAGUAUAACAGGCAGACAGAUGUGUUAUUACUAUCAUACAUAGUUUUAAUAUCUAUGUAGAUAAUAUUAAAUGAGUGUCUUUUCAUAAUGAUUUUAUUAUUGUCAAUUGAAUAAAAUGGGAGGAUCUGUUGAACA